AAGUAGUAUGGAGCGUGUAAAAUUCGGUGGUGUCAAAUGAAAAAUACUGUGAAGAGCCAGUGAAACACACAUACUGGCUUGGACAGAUUGGUAGGAGAACAGUGGUGAAAAGGACGAUGCAUAUUGCAAGUCUCGGUGAAUUCCUARGUUGAUAAAUAAAUCAAUUGAACACAUCUAGCUAAAUGUCGGAUCCAAGAAAGAGGGGAGGAAAUGGGGACUGGACAUGCUGUGAGGCACUGACACCGGUGGGUAAAACGAAGAGGGUUUAAAGUGAGAGUGAAGCCGAUCAACUGAAACCAUUCGACAUCCAAGCUGGCUUUCCAGAUAGCAAGCUACACGUCCUACCGGGGCAAAUUACAAAAGGUACUUACACGUCUCAGUGACAGAGGGAGGGAGGAAAAGGAGGUUGGCGMUUCAAAUGGCUCUGUUCUUGACGGAUGAUGGCUGAGGGAUAACGUCAAGGACUGUCAGCCCCUCCACCCCAACGUGACCCUGGUUAUCUUACCCAAACACCCCUUUCUUCUCCCCCUGUUUUUCUCAAUUUCCUCUUGCCUCAACUCACUCUCCUGUCCCACUGUUUCAUGGAGGAGAGUCAAACCGAUACAACAACACACUGGGUUAAUACUCACGUCUCUACAAUAGAGGUUCUGGAUCAUUCUCCUGUCAUGUUAUCGAUCAGACUCAAUGAUUGGAUGAGCAGUAAGGAUCACGUGAUCAGACCACUGUUCUCUCCACCCUUAUUGGACGUCUUCUCUUUCUCAUCUUUGUGAUUGAUUUGGACCCUAUUGGCUGUUGUCAUUUCAACUCUGUCCCCCCURCGCUGUUUUCUUUUCCUCACUGCAGUCUAUCCUCUGAUGRCAUUGGGCCAUGGUUCGCAAGAGAGGUUCCUUUAUCUUGUGUGGAGCUUUCCUAUUCGUCGCCUGCAAUGGCUUGCUUCUCCUUUUCCUUUGGGGACGGCCUCCCAUUGGUCGAUUUGGGGAAGGGGGAGGGGCUGAGCCAGGGGGAAGGGAAGAGUGGGGAGUGGCCAAAAGAAAAGGGGGUGGGACUAAUCUGGCUGGUGAGGUGAUCCGAUUGGCCGAGGAGGUAGAAUCGGAACUCGAGACCCAGAAGGAACUUCUGAAGCAGAUUCAGAGUCACAGGUCACUAUGGGAAAAGAGGAGAGCGAUGAGAAGAAGACAGAUGGAUGGAGGGAAGGUAGAAAAUAAAGAGGAACACAAACCGACGCCACAGUUGCCUCCAGUACCGCCAAGGGACGAUUCAGAGAACAAGGACCAAAGUCAAGAAAAAAAUAAACAGGGAUUUAUUGUUGCAGCAGUCCCAGACCUUAAAGUAGACACACAACCGGACAAUGACAUAAAAGAACUGAACUACACCAAAUUGGAAGUAACUGUCACCAGCCCACAAGUUGUCAUUCCCAUAUUGGUUAUUGCCUGUGACAGGGUGACCGUGAAAAGGAGUCUUGACAAAUUGAUCCAAUACCGCCCCUCMGCAGAACUCUAUCCAAUCAUAGUUAGCCAGGACUGCGGCCAUGCUGAGACAGCUCGCGUGAUUGGCUCAUAUGGCAGUCAGGUGACCCACAUUAGCCAACCAGAUCACUCGGACAUCCGGGUACGGCCGGAGCACAGGAAGUUCCAGGGCUACUAUAAGAUUGCCAGACACUACCGGUGGGCCCUCAACCAGGUGUUCAACACACUCUCUCACUCCACCGUAGUGAUCGUGGAAGAUGACUUGGAGGUGGCCCCAGACUUCUUUGAGUACUUCCGCGCCCUCCACCCCAUCUUGACCUCUGACCCAACCCUGUGGUGUGUUUCUGCCUGGAACGACAACGGCAGGGAGGGGCUGGUGGACCCUGGGAAGGCUGACCUCCUCUACAGGACAGACUUCUUCCCGGGGCUGGGCUGGAUGCUGCUGAAGGACGUCUGGGCAGAACUAGAGCCCAAGUGGCCCACGGCCUUCUGGGACGACUGGAUGCGUCACCCCGAGCAGCGUAAAGAACGCUCCUGCAUCCGCCCAGAGAUCCCCAGAACUAUGACCUUCGGACGCAAGGGUGUCAGCUUGGGUCAGUUCUUUGACCAGUAUCUGCGUUAUAUUAAACUCAACACUGACUUUGUGCCUUUCACCAAACAGGAUCUGUCUUACUUGAUGAAGGAGAASUUUGACGUGAACUUUGUGAAGGAGGUUUACAGCGCCCCCCUGGUUAAAAUAGAAGAGCUACAACAAGGGGGAGGUUUGAAGGCAACAGGUCCAUACCGGGUGCAAUAUUCCAGCCGGGAGAGUUUUAAAGUCAUGGCCCGUAACUUAGGGGUUAUGGAUGACUUGAAAUCGGGGGUUCCCCGUGCAGGUUACAGGGGCGUGGUCAGCUUCCUGUCCCGUGGACGACGGGUCUUCUUGACCCCGCCUGAGGGAUGGACAAAGUACAACGUCAGCUGGAGCUGAAAGGUUCGGACAGGACGUAGUGCGAAUGUUAUCGAAGACGGACUCGACAGAGAGGAACACCCUCUCAAACCAAAGAAAACAAAAACAAGGUCACAUGAAGGAACGGAAGCUAAACCAAACAGACAGGCUUGGUGGGUGAAGGGAUUUGACAUAUGGUAGAGGUAGGUUGGGUGGAGGAGGAGUAAAGGAACUCCUUGUUUUAUGAGCGAACCUGAAUGCAGUGUGACACAGAGCACAGCCCAGCGGGGUGAAAACACAGUCUCUCAGAAAGUAAGAAUCAUUUAGUGCUUGGUUGUUCUCCUGCUAGAGCUCGUCUAGGAAAGGUUUGCUUCAACACAAUGUCUUAAACUGAAUCAAAAGUUUUGGACAACCACAAAUUUGAUUACAUCAAUUGAUUGGGAGGCCUCAGAUUAGCUUUUUGUCUUGUUCCCCGUGUCACCAGGUCUUUUAAAGGAGAGGCCAAACCCCUCUCUGGUCACAUCUCAAAUUGCACCCGUUUCCCUAUUUAGUGCACUACUGUUGACCAGGGCCCAUAGGGAAUAGGGUGCAAUUUGGUACAGCCUAUGUCUACAUUCUACUUUAAAAGAACUUGCAGUAUUCUACUCACUCAAAGUGAAUGAAUAUGAGGUCAAAAUAUUAGUUAGACUGGUAUUAAUUGAGUAUUAUAAAUAUGAUUGUCUAAUUUGGUUUAUUCACAAAAUAAACAUAAAAUGGUUUUUUGGGGGGGGGAAAGGCUAUUUUGGGAAAUGUAUUUUAUUUAGCUAUCUUGUAAAUGGUUUAUAAAGAGKUCAUUCUUCAAAUGGGCAGAGGUUCAUACAUUGCCAUGCAGCGCACCAAUUUAACACAUUGUAUGUGACAUCCUGUUGAUGUUGGGUUUAUCCCAAACGGUACCUUAUUCCCUAGAAAGGGAAGAGAGCCAUUUGGGACMCAGAUGCUGACUAUACUUGAGCCCUUUCCAAACGAAGGGUCAGUUGUAAUUCCAUGACAUUCAAACGGUGGUAUUCUACGGUUCGGUUUGUUGAAAAACCAAUGAUUAUGAUUGUUUAAUAUGUUUUUURCCCAUUUACAUGAUGGGUGAUACAUUAAUGUACUGCUUUUAGUUCUGGGGGUGAUUGAUUCAGAUGUCCUUAUGGUGAAAAAAAAAAAAAAACACUGCCUGACCGUGUUUAUAACUUUAAUACGUUACAAAUAAAACUGACUAUUUUGA